AUGGCGGACGAUCCUUUUGCUGCAGUCUCGGCGGCAGUCACCGAUGCGCCAGCCCAGCAUGUGGACACUGACGUGGAUAAGCUUGCACAAACUAUCGAGAACCGGGUGACGGAUUUUGUCGGAGGGAUUUCCUCGUGGUGGAGUGACGUGAGCAAACAGAGCAGUGUCAUGGCCACUGCAAAGAAGGAAAUUGCGCGGAUUGACUCGAGUAUGGAAGAGGCGAGCACCGCGGCGCGUGCGAGUAAUUAUGCGCUACAGCAGGAGGCAGACGACGGGAAUCAAGCUGCGAACGAGGCGUUGCAGGAAAAGGGCAAAGCACGCGUCGAGGAAGCGGAGCGCAAAGCGUUUACUUCCGCAUCGCUUUCUGCGCUUGGAGCGGCUGCGUGGUCCUCUUUGCAACAGUUAGCGCAUACUCCACAAGCUGAGCAGAUCCAGCAGCGGUUCAUGUCGACGAUGCGACAGUCCGAUACAAGCAUUGCAGAGGGCAGCGAGGAAUACACAAAGUAUAUGCAGGAGACGCUUAAGGAUGCUGAGGCAUUUGCGCUGCGCCAGCUUCAACAGGGAGAAGCGCUUGCGCGGGGGGUCAGCAACGAUUUGCGCGGAUUAUUGGACGAGAUCGUCAAGGUCGUACCGCCCGAGGAAACGAAGUCAGCGCCCGUGCAUGAACUGGACGAUGCCACGCAUGUACAAGGUGCGCCGACCCAGCCGACCGAGGACAAAGCACGCGACACUCCACGGCACGAGCCCAGCACACAAGCCUGGAAAACGGAGCGUGCUGCGGACGACUUUGCAUGGGACGAGGCGUCUGACGAGGAAGAGGAGCAGGUGGCACCACAGGUCCCAUCGCAGGUUUCACCGCAGGCCGCGCCACCCUCGGCAGAAUCAGCGCACGCUUCGGCGGAGGACUCGGACUCGGAUUGGGAAUAA